CCUUCCCCUGCCCUGCCCGCGUGCUUUCAAGCAGGGCUCUCUGCAGGAAAGUGUUUGUAGGGUAGUUCUUUGGCGGCGGACUCCCAAGCGGAAGUUGCUUUCCUUGCUGAGACGGCUGUGGGGGAGGAGCCGUCCGAGGGAACGUGGGUUGAACGUUACGGGUAGAUGGUGUGGAUCUCAAGCUGGAACAGGAGUUCGGACUCAUUGUAUACAAAGAAGUGUGCUUCGGGCAGGUAAGGGAGCCAGAGUUAUUUCCUCGGGAAGUAGAGAUUGGGACGGCUGGAGUGCCCGGGGGUGGGUUGUUGGCACGCUGAAAGGAUGGGGUAGGAACAAGGGUCUGGUGGGAAAGGUGGAGAAUGGAGGUGCAGACUGGGUCUUUAGGGUCCGUUUAGGUUCAAAGAGGUAAACGCUGAACAGAAACCAGAGUUUAUGCCCGUCCAACGAAGAGCGUGGAGAGGGACUGGGUAACGGAACACCGCGCUUCUGGAACUUACUUCCUUGGUUGGCUUUUGAAACUCACUUCGCGUGGCCCUAUCCGUCUCAAAUUCGGGAAGCUGGGUUGGGUACCAAGCAGAAAGAGGCUUAGAAAAGUCUACCCCUUGCCUGGUUUAAGUCUAUUGGCCUUGGCCUUGACAGUUCAUAUGUAGAGCCAAGAGGUAAAGCGCCGACGGGUACCAGGCCCUUCUUCGAAAACCUGUAGUAAGUUUUUGCACAUGCAAUGAAUUAAGUUUAAAUCCCUCUCCUGAUUGACUGCUAAAUGGACCUAUUCUUGGCUAAUACCUUCCAUUAGGAUCUCUGGAAUGUUAGUGACUUACCGACGUUGGUGAGGGGAAAGGGGGUUAGGUAAGAGGAAAAAAGUGCUGGAGAUGAACACUGGAAAAACUUGGUUGUUCUCCUUCUGAUAUAAGCUCGUGUCAUAAUCUUUAGCAUGUAUUGAGCUGUUUGGGUAGACUUUUUUAUAAUCAAGUUUGAGCAAAUAGGUGGUUUGAAGCAGAGAUGUCAUUGUGACAGUGCCAUAAUGGAAAGAGAAACAGGUUCGAAACAUUUCCAAAGCAUCGUCCACCAGUUUAGAUAACGCCUACUGUGCAAACAUGAGAGCGGUGAGAGUAGACGACACGAACUUUCUAGUCUGUAUUUGGAAGCCCAAAGAUGCCAAAAUUUAGGUACUGUACAGAUUACACUUGGAGAAAAGGUAAUGAAGAUAAUUUAUUCCUAGACAAAUUGAAAUUUGAGAAUCAUCCCGGGGUUUUGUAUAUAAACCAGUGCUUGGAAGACCUGGAGAGUCUACUUCUGGGUUCAUUGAAAAAUCCUUAGUGAUUUUGACAUGUUCCAAGUGACAUAAAUUAGCCAAUGACUCGGAAUGACGGAUGACUCUCUGAAGAUUGGAAAUGGUUUGCCACUGGUUGGACCAGGGACUGAUAUAGGGAUAUCUUCACUCCCCAUGCUGGGGUACUUGGGAAAAAAUUAUGCUUCAGCUAAAGUUCCAGCAGACGGGUAUUGCCCUACUUGUAGAGCGAAAGGAAAGCUAAACACCUUAAAAACUUACCGCAUCAGCUUCCAAGAAUCUAUCUUUUUGUGUGAGGAUCUUCAGUGCAUUUAUCCUUUGGGCUCUGAGUCACUUACUAACUUAAUUUCUCCUGAUUCGGAAGAUUGUCACACUCCAAAUAAGCCUCAGAAAAGAAAGAGAUUGGAAGACAACUGUAAGAAUUCAUCUCUUCCAGUACAUUCUAAAAAGACUAGAGGUCACCUUGUCACUGACAGUGACCAGAUUGUGAACGGUGAGUGUAAUGGAGAAGUGUGUGGUGACUUCUCAGCCAGCUUCCCAGGUGACAGUGCUCACCAGGAUCCCGCCAGGACAGCUGCUUCUGUGGGGCAGAAUGGGACUUUGGAAGCCAAUGAUAACGUGGUCAUGGCUACUACAGAAGAUCCUGCUGCAGUUGGUGUCACACCGGAGCUGGAAAUGCCGUCUGAGAGCAGAUGUUUAUCACUUUGCCAGCCUCUCUGUGUCCAGUGGAGAAACACUCAGGCGCUGUGCUGGUUAGACUGUAUCCUCUCGGCCCUGGUGCACCUGGAGGUGUUGAGGGACGCCGUGCUGGAGGUGUGCUCCAGAGAGGAGUGUGUGUUUGGGAAGCUGUUCGAAACCUACCACCAAGCAGAUAAGCUUCUGUACACCCAUCACCUGCAUGGCGUCACAGGUGAAGAUUGUAAAAAAAUGACGACAGAAAUAUUUACAGAGAUAGAUACCUCUUUGAAUAAAAUUAGAGAUGAAAUUUUUGCUAAACUUCAGCCUAAGCUUAGAUGCACACUAGGUGACAUGGAAAGUCCUGUGUUUGCACUUCCUGUACUGUUAAAGCUUGAACCCCAUGUUGAAAACCUCUUUACAUAUUCUUUUUCUUGGAAUUUUGAAUGUUCCCAUUGUGGGCACCAGUACCAAAACAGGUGUGUGAAGAGUCUGGUCACCUUUACAAAUGUUGUUCCUGAGUGGCAUCCACUCAAUGCUGCCCAUUUCGGUCCGUGUAACAGUUGCAACAGUAAAUCACAAAUCAGAAAAAUGGUGUUGGAAAGAGCGUCGCCCAUAAUCAUGCUGCACUUCGUGGAAGGUUUGCCCAGGAAGGACCUGCAACACUAUGCCUUCCACUUUGAAGGCAGUCUUUACCAAGUCACCUCCGUCAUACAGUACCGGGCAAAGAACCAUUUUAUAACGUGGACUGUAGAUGCUGAUGGGAGUUGGCUGGAGUGUGAUGACCUGAAGGGUCCGUGUGCUAAAAGGCAUGAGGCCUGUGAAGUGCCAGCAUCAGAGACACAUAUCGUUAUUUGGGAAAGAAAAUCCCAGGUGCCAGUUGAAGGAGCUGCCUGCCUUCCACACAUGAAGCUGCACGUGCAGUCCGUGUCAGGUGAGGAGCAGCCGAGUUCUCUGGCUGGGACCGCCACCUCAGAACCCUCAGUCGCCCAUCCUACACCUAUGGCAGUUGCUCCUCAGAUUCUUCCAGCAACCCAAGCUGUAGCUCAUGGAGAUAGUGUCCUUUCAGGAACAGGAGGCUUGCUGGACAGCGUUUCACCCUCUGCACUUGAAGAGACUAUCCAGGAAACUGCCUCUGUUUCUCAGAUUGACUCCAAAGAUUGCCUCUUAGAAGACAAACCUGUGGUAGGAAGUGCAGGACCUGUGAGAACACUGACUUUUCAGCCGCAGGACUCCCUGGGGUCUUCCUUGGUGUUGAACCUGUGUGAAGGAAUGCUAGUUGCCCCUUGUGUGGAUUCCAGGUUCCCAUCCCAAGCUGUGAGCACAGGUCUGCAGGCAGUACCGUCUCAGGCAGGGGACACAGUGGUUCCUAAACCUGUGACUGAUGCCCCUGUUCCUGUUCUUGUUCAGGAAUUGAAGUCCAUGGCAACUGAGGACUCUCAGACACAGUUGCUGCCACUGAAAACUGACAGGUUAAACCCUGGACAACCACCAGGUAAAACUCAGGCAUCUAAUUUGAGAAAAAGAGAAAAUGCAGCGUCUUCUAAACCGGUAGCAGCCAGGUCAGCACAGAAUCAGCCUCGGAAGGAUGAGCAGAAGAAGGCCUUCGUGGGAAGUUGGGUGAAAGGGCUGCUGAGCAGGGGCGGUGCGUUUAUGCCACCCUGUGUUUCAGCUCAGAGUAGAGCAGUAACUGACCUGCAGCCCUCCGUGAAAGGAGCCAAUAAUUUUGAUGGCUUUAAAACGAAAAGUAUAAACCGCAGGUCUAAAAGGAUGUCCAGGAAAGCUAAGCAUGUGGAGGAGGCAUCUCCAGGUAGCAGCCCUCCACUGUCGGGUAGCACGGCUGCUCUGCCGCAGGCCGCUGGGAAUGCCUCCUCAGCCCAGUUGAAGGAGCAGGAAGGCUCACGUUCAGCUCCCCUCAGCCACAGACCUCCCAGUGAUGAAAGCGCCAUGUCUCCAGCAGGCCGUGCAGAGGCAGCUGAAGAUCAGGUUCAUAAGCUUCGGCUCAGACUUCUUAAAAAGCUAAAGGCAAAAAAGAAGAAACUAGCGGCCCUCAUGUCUUCCCCACGCCGUGAACCGUCUGUAAGCGACCAUUCAGAGCCUGCGUCCCACUGUGGGUCUCCGAAUGACUGUGACGCAGUAGAAGAUCUGCUCAGAGAGCUACAGUACCAGAUUGACCUUGCAGACAACAAGUCUGGGUGCACCUCUGCUCCCGACGGCACCUCAUGCAACAGCCAGAGUCAUGAGGAGAUUUUAGCAGAGCUGUUGUCGCCUACAGCCCUGUCAGAGCCCUCAGAAAGUGGAGAGCCUGAGUUGAGGUACUUGGAAAUGGGGGACAACAGCACCCCAACACCAGCACCUAGCGAAUUCAGUGCUGUUUCCCAGAACACAUGUCUGAACCAGGAGCAUAAUUACUGCAGCCCUGAGAAAAGCCAGUGUGAGGUUGAUCUGCAUUCAGUCAUCGACAGUGCCUGUGUAAGAGCCUUGAACUUGGGGAGUCCCAUGAAGACUGACAUUUUUGAUGAUUUUUUUCCUACUUCAGCAUUGAAUUCGUUAACAAAUGACACAUUGGACAUACCUCAUUUCGAUGACUCUCUGUUUGAGAAUUGCUGAGUGCAUGCUAGUGUCGUCGUUUAGUCCUGACCGCUGCUGCUAGGAGGCUGAGCUGUGGGUAGUGCUGGCUGAAGUGCACAGCCUUGUGCUCCAGCCAUGGGGAAACUGUGAACUACUGGGGUCUUCCUCUGGUUCUGCCUGUGAGACAUGAGAUCUCUGCAAAUUAAAGUCCUCAGACAAGUUUC